AUGCCACGUGACACGAGCAAAAACGAGGCGGCGGGGCCCACUGAGAAGAGCGACGACGAGCCGAAGAAGGAGCCUAUCAUGUCCCGUGCAGCCCGUCGUCGGGCAAAGAAGCCGCAGGUGACUGUGACGUUAGAGAUGCGGCAGGCGGCGCGGGAGCGGCUCCGCGAGCUGCGCAGGCACCUCCGCCUGCUGAAGUCCAACGGGGCGCGCAGGAAGGUUGCGAAGGCAGAGGCAAAAAAGAGGGAACGGGAGACAACCGAGGCGGAGGAGGUGUGCGCGCGUCUUGACGUGGGUGCCAGGCCGCUCAAGAAGAGUAGACGCGAGUAA